UGCCCAUUUCUCUUUUCAAACUAUAUUUCUUUCUUUCAUUAGAAAGUUUCAUUUUUUUUUUUGGUCAUUAUUUCUCUUUCUUCUCCACUCUUUGUUCUCACACCCACAUCAAUACCCAGCCAGGUGUCAAAGUUAGAAGACAAGACAGUGAGAACAGAAUAGAAGGAACAAGAAGACUCUACACGGUUCACAAAAUUAGAUAAAGUUUGUUUCUUUCAAACUAUUUCUUUCUCACUAGAGUUGACGAAGGUAGACAGAGAAGAAUUGAGAGAAGAAUAUGAUAAUGCUUGAAAAGGGUGUAGCCUAGCUAUUUUAUGGUUAGAGUUUCCACAAAUGGAAGUUCGGAUCCGUUGUUGUUGACCAGAUCUGACUACUCCCAUUUCACUUUCACCACCUCUUAACUAUAACCAUGCUUUGCAUAAGUUGAAUUUGCCUCCUCCCUUGGUCUUAUCGUGCAUCUUAGACAUGGAAAAUCUUAUUUUAAAAUCCACGCUAUUCCUGGAUUGUUUUCAAUUAGAAAAGUAGGUGAUAAAUUACUUGAAAUAUGACAGUUUGUGUGAUAUCAGAAGGGUGCAAGGGUAACUUUUUGUGCUACAAAGACAAGGAUUUUGAUGGAGGAGAUGUCGACCACUGUUGCAGUUCCAUUAAGAGUAGGUAAUUCAGUGUGUGAUAAACCAACCAUAGCUACCCACAUGGAUGUAUCCAGACUUAAGCUGAUGGCAGAUGCUGGAUUGUUAUCUAAUUCUAUAACUAAGGUUUCCAAUGAGACUUUUAUAGGUUCUGAUGAGGAUCAUAACGGUGGCAAUCUGGAGGAUGAUGUUGUUAUUACAACAGUCACGCCACCAAAACAGAGAAGAGAAGGAGAAAUUCCUUUGUUGGAUAUAAUAUCCCAAAACAUAAGCACUUCGGUUGUUGGUGAUGAAGUGUUAACCCCAGAAAUUGAGGAGGAUGAUUCCUUAUCAUUGGAAGGUGAUCCAAUUAUUGAUAACUCUUCUCUUUCAAUAGCCAGUGAGAAUAGUAGUGUCUGCGGAGAUGAGUUCCUCAGUUCCGACUUUACUUCAGAUUUUGGGACCACAAGUUCCAUAGAUAUAGACAAGAGCAUCUCUGCUGUCAAAAUUAUUGCCAGGGCUGCUGAUUUGGGUGAGUCAAAUGUUGAGGCAGAUAUUAUGAGCGAACCCCUUGCUGUAGCAGUGAGCCUUGAAGAAGAGACAGGAAUUAGAUCUGGUCCAAAGCCUACUACUGUUUUUCUUCAUCAGAUACCUCUGGAAAAAGGGGUGAGUGGUAUAUUUGGUCGGAGUGUUUUUGAAUUGGAUUGUACCCCCCUUUGGGGAUUUACAUCAAUGUGUGGAAAAAGGCCUGAGAUGGAAGAUGCAGUUGCAACUGUACCUCGAUUUUUUAAAAUUCCUAUCCAAAUGCUAAUUGGUGAUAGGGUGCUUGAUGGAAUGAACAAGUGUUUCAAUCAGCAGACAGUUCAUUUCUUUGGAGUCUACGAUGGCCAUGGUGGCUCUCAGGUGGCAAAUUAUUGUCGUGAUCGGAUACAUUUGGCCUUGGCUGAGGAACUAGAAUUUGUCAAGGAAGGUUUAAUAGUUGGAAAUGCCAAGAAUGAUUGUCAAGAUCAGUGGAAAAAAGCUUUCACCAACUGUUUUUUGAAGGUUGAUGCUGAAGUUGGGGGGAAAGUGAAUUGUGAGCCUGUUGCCCCAGAAACUGUUGGAUCCACUGCUGUUGUUGCUAUUAUCUGUUCAUCUCAUAUCAUAGUUUCAAACUGUGGUGAUUCAAGAGCGGUUCUGUGUCGUGGCAAAGAACCCAUGGCGUUAUCUGUCGAUCAUAAACCAAAUCGAGAUGAUGAAUAUGCAAGAAUUGAGGCAGCUGGAGGCAAGGUGAUACAGUGGAAUGGUCAUCGUGUAUUUGGCGUUCUUGCAAUGUCAAGGUCUAUAGGGGAUAGAUAUUUGAAGCCAUGGAUUAUUCCAGAACCAGAAGUUACGUUUCUUCCCCGUGCAAAAGAUGAUGAAUGUCUGAUUCUGGCCAGUGAUGGUUUGUGGGAUGUCAUGACGAAUGAAGAGGCGUGUGACUUAGCUCGGAGAAGGAUACUUAUCUGGCACAAGAAGAAUGGCUUGACACUAUCCUCAGAAAGGGGAGAGGGAAUUGAUCCUGCUGCUCAAGCAGCUGCAGAGUACCUGUCAAACCGUGCUCUUCAAAAAGGAAGCAAAGAUAACAUCACUGUGAUUGUGGUGGAUUUGAAAGCUCAAAGAAAAUUUAAGAGCAAGACGUGACCGUUUCUUCAACUGAAUAUGAUCCAACAUAGUUUUGCCCAUUAAUUUUUCAUCUGGGCAUCUCUUGGCUUGAGAGUAGAAUCCUGUAAUAUAAUAGAGAUCCCUCUCUUCCUUAGAAUUCUCAAAUGACUAAGAGAGUCUCCUUGUACACUGUGCCGCAUUGGGGAUAUGUAAAGCUUAGCUGCUCAUUGUAGGUAUAGGAGACCAGUUUCAUCCAUGCCUUUGACAUCUGUCAGCAUGUUGUAUUCAUUAUUAUGCCUCCGAGAACAAAGGCUCUGUGAGGCAUUUACUUCAUAUUAUUUUAGCAUGUGUUGUUUAUAAAAAAGUAGUAGCAAAUUCGCAUUGUGACUUACAAGUUGUGAUCAACUGUCUUUGUCUUUCCUUAUAGUAAUAGUGUGUGUACAUGUGCUUAUCAUGGUUUUCCCAC